UAGUGUUUUGCUGUUUUGUUUUCUACUUGUCAAACUCAAGGUCUCAACAUAACCUCACUUUACGCAUUUAAUGAUUGGGAUAAUUUUAUCCAACGGAAAAUAAUAUGGAUAAGGUAGUAGAAAAGACUGCUGUGGAUUAUGCUAAAUACUUAGACGUAAAUUUACCAUCAAAGUUUCAGCCUCUGCAAACCUCCAUAGAUGAAAUUUUGGCCAGACUAGAAGAGUUCCAAACAAUGUUGUCUUUUAUCGCAGGAGAUAGAAAGGAUUACAAUGAUAUAAUAGCUUCUAUACCAAACUACAAACCUCGAUUUGAUGAUAUGUUCAAAAGGAUUGAUGUACUAGAAGUUUUGGUAGCACAUAUGAAAGAUAACAUGGAUACACUUGAAAGUAAUAUUGAGAAGGCAGAGGCUGAGUUGGGUAUAAAUGAACCUGCAAUGAAAGUUCCAAGUAUAUUUACACCUUUAUUUAAAAAAAGCACUUCAUCAGAGAGAAGCCCUUCAAAAGGUAUGGAGAUCUUUCACACUGAGGAUUACUUCAAAUGAUACCAUAAAUGUAUGUGGAAAUAGUUUCCAACAAAACUUGUGUGAUAGUUUUUCAUUUAUAUUUUUUUAUUGCUACUCUCAUAGAUUAUUCUUAUUUUGUUGAUUUGCUUAAGCAAGACGGUAAAGUAGGGCUGUCAUCUGUCUGGGGACCAUCACGAAGAGAUUUUUAAAAAGUAACUGAGGAUUCCCUGGAGAAUUUUUGUCACAGGGGUUUUGAAAAGUAAUACGCAUGGAAAAUGUGUUGCUGAAUGAAAAUUGAAAAAAUCUCGGUUCCACCCAAAUGUUCAGGGUUUUUGAAGCUUUUGUCUGGUAUCGCUAAUUUUGGUGAUGGCAGCCCUGUGCUGGUAUAAUGCAUGAGUAUAUGUUGGUAAAAAGUAUAUUUGAGCAUCAGUAGUUGCCUAGAAAAGAUUAGGAUUUGAAAAAGUGUAAAUGACCAAAUCUAUAUACUUUGCCUUGCUGCAUGAAUUGUUUUAAUAUAAUCAGUAGUAUUAUUUAAGAGCACUCCAUUUAUAUGUAUAUUUUCUGCAAUAAACUUUUUUUUUAUUUCG